GCUCGGGCGGUCCGGCUGGCGGCUGCGCCUGGAGGCGACGAUGGCGGCUGCGCGCGGCGGCGGCAAGAGGCUGGUGGAGCUCUUCUUCGACGUGGUGUCGCCCUACUCCUGGCUGGCCUUCGAGGUUCUCUGCCGGUACCGACCCAUAUGGAACAUUGAGCUGCGUUUGCAGCCCACUUUCCUCGCUGGGAUCAUGAAGGAGGCAGGUAACCAGCCCCCCGCAAUGGUUCCCCAGAGAGGCAAGUACAUGACGAAGGACAUCCCGCGGAUGGGGAAGUACUACCAAGUGCCGCUGCAAAUCCCAAAGGAUUUCUUUCGGAGUGUUAUUGAAAAGGGCAGCCUGCCCGCCAUGCGCUUCGUCACUGCUGUGGGUGUGGCGCAGCCCCAGUUCCUGGAGCCGGUGUCGAGAGAACUUUGGAUGCGCCUCUGGAGUCGGGAUGAAGACAUUCUCGAUCAAGAGAGUAUUUUGGCAGCUGCAGAGCAAGCAGGUUUACCCUUGGAUCAAGCCAAGAAGCUUCUGGAAAUGAGCACCUCGCCUGAGGUGAAGAAUCGCCUGAAAGCCACAACAGGCGAAGCGCUGAGACAUGGGGCGUUUGGGUUGCCUUCUGUUGUGGCCCACAUGGACAGCGAGCCCCAACUUAUCUUUGGUUCAGAUCGCUUGGAACUGCUGGCAAACAUCUUGGGAGAAAAAUGGCUGGGGCCUGUCCCUGCACCUUCCAAGUUGUAACUCUGAGAAGUCAAAGGAACAAUAUGUACAACGAAGCAAGGAGACGGACUUGGGAGCAUUGGCCUUACUGGUUUCCACGGAUUCAGAGCAGGAUGGGUAGAGCAUACCCCCUUCAGCCUGAAAUAGAAUGACGCGAGCGCCUGCCCAGCUCCUGCCACUUGAGACCCAUCAGUAUUCCCGAGUGCCAAGUGCCAUGACCACAACAUGUACCUGAUCUGCCCCAGAAACCUCUUGCAGGUGGACAACUUGUAAUGUUGUGGGGUGAGACCGUAAUGGCAAGAGGGUGUGGAUUAACCUAGCCAGUCGGGCCUACCAAGGUUUUGGGGAAGCCCUCUGGUGACGGUGAGAGAGAAUUGGCUCUUGGCACCCUUGUCUCCUAGCUUGCUUUGCCAGCCUGCUUCAGGCAUGGUGGGCAUGUGGCACAAUUGAUAGGUGGAUGGGAUGGGAAUGGCCCUAUGUUGCAAGAGUCCAGCAUCUUCGUGCCAUGUGGCCACGAGUUCCUUCCACCCUCGAUCCUGCCUGCCUGCCCAAUAUCUACAUUUUUAAAGAAGAUGAAAUAGAUUUGUUGGGUUGA